AUUAUUUUUGUAUAGCUCACCUUUAAUUAUGCAUCCGAAUAGUCUGCCACCUGACAAAUGUCGAUCAGCUGAUCCUGUAAACAAACCUUGGGGCGAGAGCAUCGUGUGUGGGAGGUGAAGCCAAGGAGGCCACUCGCACAACAUCUUAUACAGCAGUAGUUUUGGUAGGAGUGGGAGUGACAGGACUUAUGCUUUACUCUGUGUUUAAAGAGCUUCUGUCAUCCUUCUCGCCACAGUCUGUUUACAGUGCUGCUGUUGAGAAAUGCAUAGCAAACUCAAGAAUUGUAGACCUCUUAGGAGAUUCUGUGAAAAGUUAUGGAGAGGAAAGUCGGCGUGGACGUAGGCAGCAUAUCAGUCAUCUUCCAUAUGAGGUGAAUGGGGCCAAGGGACUAAGAAUCAAAUUUUAUUUACAAGGUCAACGCCGAACAGCAACUGCUCACCUCGAUGCUCGGGAA